AUGAAGUGGUGUAAAUUUAUUGCUGUGGCUUUGAUGAGUCUUCUGAUCACAUUGGCUUACGUUGAGGCGGCAGGUGAGUGUGGUCGGAUGCCCAUUGGUCAAGCUGCGGCUAGCCUAAGCCCGUGUUUGGCUGCUACAAAGAACCCAAGAGGUAAGGUUCCACCGGUUUGUUGUGCCAAAGUUGGUGCUCUCAUUAGAACCAACCCUCGUUGUCUUUGUGCUGUCAUGCUCUCACCUUUGGCCAAGAAAGCUGGAAUCAAUCCUGGAAACGCAGUCGCUGUUCCUAAACGCUGUAACAUCCGCAACCGCCCCGCUGGCAAACGAUGUGGACGUUACGUUGUUCCAUGA